AUGGAAUGGAAAUCUGUAUGCAGUGAAUGCAAUAAAUGGAAGACUCCUUUGGCAACAGAAUCUUACAAGGCUAACUGGAGCACUUGGUCUACUCUGCUUGAUCCAAGGCCUCUGGCUCUUAUCAUUCAAUCAAGAAUAGUUCUCUUGGGACAAUGGCGGGCGCCUCGGAGGAUAUUCCGGUGCAGCAAUAUGGGGAAACAGCCUAGCUAUGACAUAGCCAGAGGAUAUGUCUAUGUAGGAACUGGAAAUCUUUACUCAGCUCCACCAGAAGUGCUGAAAUGCCAAGCAGCACAAAACAAUCGAACAACGCCACCAACUCUUGGAGGCUACGACGUUUUCACUUUCGCAUGUUUGGUUCCUAAUAAUCCUGAUUGCCCACCGGGGCCGAACAUGGAUGCUGAUUUCGGAGAGGCCCCUAUGAUGCUAACCAUAUUGUCAAAUGGAAGAAUUCGCGAUGUUGUGGUGGCUGUGCAGAAAAGUGGCUUUGCUUGGAAAGCAGGACCGGGGGGUGCAGAGGGAGGAGGAAUAUGGGGUGCAGCCACAGAUGGACGGCGAGUUUACACUAACAUAGCGAAUGGAAACAAACUUCCUUUCACCCUGGCACCUUCAACUCAAACAACAACAGCUGGUGGAUGGGUGGCAAUAGAUGCAAACACAGGCCAAAUCCUAUGGACCACUGCAAACCCUAGCAACGAGACGUCCCCUGGGCCAGUCACCAUAGCUAAUGGAGUUCUCCUUGCAGGAUCUGUGGCACCUAAUGGACCUCUCUAUACCAUGGAUGCCAGUAAUGGAAAAAUCUUGUGGACAUUUAACACUGGUGCUACUAUCUAUGGGGGUGCAUCAAUUAGCUAUGGUUGUGUCUUUAUUGGCCAUGGAUAUUCAGUUGGUCUAGCUAGGUUGUUCCAUCCAACUUGGGCCACUGGGACUUCACUCUUUGCCUUUUGCAUUAUGUGA